AUGGUUUUGGUUUAAAUAAUUAUUUUUAUGGAAAUUACAAUUCAUUUUGUUGUGACAACUGGUUGCAAAGUAUCUCUUUCGCUUUAAAACACUUUAAUGAUUUCAACUAGAUUGGAACUACUGAAGAAUUCUUUGGAAAAUAAUUCUUUUAUGCAUUUUCCCUUCUUGGAGGUGAUCCAUAUAAUUACUUUAACGUACAAAUCGAAGAACAGAAGAUUUUUAUCUAAAUUUGUUUUUGUUAAAUGGGCUAUUAUUGAUAAUGCUGACAUAGGCACAAUUGAAGCUCAAAGUCCUCAAUCAAAUUUUGAAUAAAUUACUAAUCUCCAAUCAUUUAACCCUGGAAUCUAUUUGUGA